AUGGACGAAAAUUCGACUUCAGGCAAAGUGGAUGUUCAGAGGCCAUCUGGAGACAUUGAUCACAUUUCUGAUUCGCACUUAUCAGAUCAUUCUAAAUCUGAUCAUGAAGGAGAAGAAGAAUCCAAAGUUCUUGAGCAAGACCAAGAUCCUAUAAAAAAUCUUGCAGAGGAAAAUGAAAGCCUGAAAGCGCAGUUAAAGAAUUUGGAGGAGAAUCAUGGAUUGUCGAUCGAACAACUAAAGGGCAGCCACAAGUCAGAGGUAGAGUUAUUGAAUGAAAAAAUUAAUGAAUCGGAGAAGGAGCUCAACAAUCUAAAAACGGCUAAUGAGUCAUUAAAUAAGAAAAUUGAAGAGAUCAGUAAAGAGCACAGUGAUAUAAAUAUAAUAAAGUCAGAGCUCUCCACAUAUAAAGAGCAAAAUGAACAAUUAACUAACUCCCCCCUCUGAGAGCAAACAAAACCAUAAAUUUUGCAAAUUAAAUUAAUUUUUAGUUCUAAAUUUUUACAAAUUAGAAUUUUUUUAAAUUUUGAAAAAAAAAUUCUAUAAAAUUUAUAUAUACAUUUUUUCAAAAAAAAAUUAACCUCUUCGUGAGCAAACAAGAUUUUUUUAUUCGCUUACCGAGGGGGGAGUGAGAAAAUCGGAAGUCUUGAGAAUCAAAUUUUAGAUCUUCAAAAACACAUUGAAAUUGAUGCUGAAAAACUGUUAAAAGAAGGCAAUGAGCAUAAAAAGCUACAAGAAAAACAUUCAAAAAUACUUUUGGAGCUAGAAAAUCACCAGUUAGCAAUUCGUGAGAAAAAUGAUCAAUUAGAAAAUGUUUCAGGGAUUGAGGAUAGAUUUAAGGCUGAAAAAGAAGCUUUUCAGCGUGAAAUUUCUGAACUAAAUGGAAAAUUAUUAGCAAAAGACGAAGAAAUUCAUGAAAUUUCUGAAAAAUUACAAUCCUUAAAUGAAACAAUAGCUUCACAUAAAGGAGAAAUGGAGUCAAUGCAAGGCUCUUAUCAGAAUAUUGUUGAUGAUUAUACAGAAAUAAUCGCGAAAGAAAAAGAAAACGCAAAGAAAUUAGAGAAUGAAAACCAAAGCCUCAAAGAGCAAGUAGAAAACUUAUCUUCGAAUCAUGGCUCUCAACAAGAGCUCGUAAAGAAGCUAAUGGAUGAAAAUCAAAGCCUGAAAGAACAAGUAGGUUAUGCUAUUAAAAGUCAGGCGUUAGCCAUAUUGGUGACCCGAUCACCAAAGACCUCCGCUGUGGGAGUUUCUACAACUUUUCGACUACAGCCAGAGAGUCUGUAAAACUUCCGGUACCUUCUGUCUCCUCCUUACUUUGGAGCUUCAGUCUUGAGUUUGCGGCUUAUGGAUGCAACCCUACUAUGGGUGAUUUAUUAGCUUGAUUCCAAGGAUCCUUGGAGUCUGUUGGGUUCAGAAGUGCCUUUCUUCGACAGCUACAGGAAAAAGACUACUGUGGCAUGGGCCGAAACCCCCAGUUUCUCAGUAGAGGAAUGCCCAUGGGCCCUUGGAUUCAAAGAGCGUUGUUGAGCUUCUCCAUUUCCAACCACAGGAAAGCAGCCAAAACCUACCCGGAUAUACAUUCUCUUGAGCCUGCACUCGGCUCUCGGCUCGGAGUCCAUCCCAGUUCGCCGUAGCUAUAAGAUCUGGAUCGUUGCUCCAAGAAUGCAGGUUGACACAUGCUGCAAAUUUUAAUGUAUAUCUAAAAGAACAAGCAAGCAGCUUAUCUUCAAGUCAUGGCUCUCAAAUAGAAGACCUUAAAGGUGAGCAUAGUUCUUUUAUUGAAACUUUGAAUGAAAAAAUAUCAAGCUUAGAUAAAGAACUUAUAAGCUCCAAAAGUCUUAAUGAAGUCCUUAAUAAACAGUUAGAAGAACUCCAUCAUGCUCAUAAAGAUUUAUCAAGCCAACAUGAAGGAAAUAUCAAUUAUAAAGAAAAAUAUGAAGAAUUUAAAGAAAAAAUAGAUGGGCUUGAAGAAAAAUUGAUUGAUUUAAACAGCCUAAAUGAGCUAGAGAAAGAAAAGGUUUUUGCUUUGCAAGCUGAAUGCAAAAAAUAUGAUAAGUUAUUAGCCGAUGCUCUACAACGACAAGUGGACCCUCAAGAAAUUACUAAUUUGCGUGAAGAAAUCAAUCAACUUAAAGCAGAAAAUGCAAAAAUUACAGAGUUGCGUGAAAAAGACGCAAAUGAUGCCAAAGAAAAAAGUUUGAAAAACAAAAAAGUCUGGGAAGCUGAAAAAGAAAAGUCAGCCAAGCUUGAAAAUAAGCUGAAAAAAGGCUUCGAGUCAUAUAAAAAGCUUAAAGAAGAAUAUGAAGCCCAAAAAUCCCAAAUUGAAGAAUCAAGCAAACUUCAUGAAAAUUCAGCUGCUAAGCUAGAAAGACUUGAAAAGAAAAACGAAGAGCUUGCUAAGAUUAUAACAGUCUUAAACGCUGACCUUGCUAAAAAACUAGAAGAAAUUGAACUGUCUCAUGAAAAAACAUUGAAGGUUGAAAGUGAGCUCAAGAAGUCCAAAGAUGCUUCCGAGUCUUUAAUUAAAGAGGUAUAGUGCAAUAUAUUGAAUAAAGAUAUCUUUAUUUAUGAUGAUAAAUUAUUAAUUAUUUUUCUCGCUUAUGCCAAUCUAAUUAAGUAUGGGAUAAAUUCAUUGAAAAAAUCAAUAUCGAAGAGCACAAAAAAGCAUGAAGAAAAAAGAAAAAGCAUUAUUGAAGAAAAAGAAGAAAUUGGGAAGAAGCUUGAAGAAGGUGACGCUAGAAUCAAAGCUUUAGACGACCAAAUCGCUAUUUUGAAUACAAAGCUAGAGUCGUCUAAUUCGCUGAAUAGAAUGGAAGGAAUGCUAAUACUUUUGAUUAUUUUGACCAUUGGAGUAUCCUUUAUAUGGCGUAACUUUAUUUAA